GCAGUAAAAGAGAAAAAAAAGAAACUUAAAAGUGAAAAUGUCACAAAAUCUAGUAUUCUUAUUUUUCAGUCUUGUCUCAGUAAUUUCAUUAGUUCAUGCUUCUAGUUAUGGUUAUAAUGAUGGAAGAAAGCCAUAUAUUGUGUACAUGGGAGACCUGUCCGGAGAAGGAAAGUCAGUCGAAGAAGAGCACCAUAAUUUGCUUUUGACAGUAAUAGGAGAUGAGUCUAUUGCAAGAAAAUCCAGAAUACAUAGCUAUGGAAGGAGCUUCAAUGCAUUUGCAGCAAAGUUGUUACCCCAUGAAGUGAAAAGACUAUCAGAGGAAGAGAGUGUAGUAUCAGUUUUUGCAAGCACAACGAACAAACUUCAUACAACAAGAUCAUGGGAUUUUCUUGGAAUGACAGAAACAAUAAAGAGGGUACCCAAACUCGAGAGUAACAUCAUAGUGGGUUUGCUGGAUUCUGGAAUUUAUGCAGAUUCUCCAAGCUUCAGUGAUAAGGGUUUUGGGCCUAUCCCACGUAGAUGGAAGGGAAAAUGUAUUACUGGAGCCAACUUCACAAGAUGCAACAAGAAGGUAAUAGGUGCAAAAUACUACAACUUGGAGAACAUUGGUAAUGGGGAUGAAGACCUAAGUCCAGCAGAUGAUGAUGGCCAUGGAACCCACACUUCCUCCAUUCUUGGUGGAGUUGCUGUGAGAGGAGCAAAUUUAUAUGGAAUAGCAAAUGGAACUGCUCGUGGUGGCGUACCAUCUGCUCGCAUUGCCAUGUACAAAGUUUGUUGGGCUGGUGGUUGCACAGACACAGAUUUACUAGCUGCUUUUGACGAUGCUAUUGCUGAUGGUGUGGAUAUAAUAUCAGUUUCAAUAGGAGGAGGCCCUAGAGCCUUUUUUGAAGAUACAAUUGCCAUUGGAUCAUUUCAUGCCAUGAAGAAGGGAAUAUUAACUUCAUGUUCAGCUGGGAAUGGAGGGCCAUCUCUAUCAACUGUAGAUAAUGCUGCUCCGUGGAUCAUGACAGUUGCUGCUUCUACUAUCGACAGGGAAUUCCAGACUGCUUUUAAGCUUGGCAAUGGCAUGAUAGCUCAGGGAAUUUCAAUCAAUACAUUUUCACCAAACAAAAUGUAUCCUUUAAUAAGUGGAACCCUUGCAAAAAAUCUGACUGCAGAAGAGCCCUAUGGAAAUGCCAGUGCUUGUGAUUUUGGGACACUGAGCAUGACCAAAGUGAAGGGAAAGAUUGUGUAUUGCCUUGAUAAUGCUGGCCAAGAUUACACCAUUAAAGAACUGGAAGGAAUUGGUGUGAUCUCUACUCUUACUUCAUUUAAAGACACUGCUUUCACUACUGUAAUACCAGCGACCAGUGUCGAUCCCAACGAUGGCUUGAAGAUAGAUCAGUAUAUUAACUCAACUAAGAACCCUCAAGCUAUUAUCUACAAGACAAGAACUGCCGAAAUUAGUGCUCCUGCUUUGGCAUCUUUUUCAUCUAGAGGACCUCAAUCAAUUACUCUUAACAUCCUCAAGCCUGAUUUUGCAGCACCAGGCGUAGACAUAUUAGCUGCCUACUCAAAAUUGUCAUCAGUGACAGGGGAUCCAACUGAUGCGAGACAUACCCCGUUUAACAUAAUAUCAGGAACAUCUAUGUCUUGCCCACAUGCCUCUGCAGCUGCUGCUUAUGUCAAAAGCUUCCAUCCUGAUUGGUCGCCAUCCGCGAUUAAGUCCGCUCUGAUGACUACUGCCACACCUAUGAAGAUUAAAGAUGUUGACACGGAUUUGGGGGCUGGAUCAGGGCAAAUGAACCCAGUAAAGGCAGUGCAUCCUGGCCUUGUUUAUGACAUUUCAGUGAGUUCCUACCUGAGUUUCCUAUGCAAAGAAGGCUACAAUAGCACAACCAUUGGCAAGCUAAUUGGUGGGGAGAAAAAGUACAAUUGUUCGAGCUUCAAACCUGCAAAAGGCACUGAUGGCCUAAACUACCCUUCAAUGCAUUUGCAACUUAAAAAUAAUAUGACUUCCAUUUCAGCAGUUUUCUACCGGACGGUGACUAAUGUAGGAUAUGCAACUUCAGUGUAUAAAGCAACUGUGAAAGCUCCAAAGCAUCUCUCAGUCAAAGUUGAACCAGAAACUUUGACGUUCACUUCAUUGAAGGAGAAGAAAGAUUUUAAGGUUAUAGUGAAAGGUGGUCCAAUGCCAAAUGAGAUGGAGUCAUGCUCAGCUUUGCUGGAGUGGAGUGAUAACAUGCAUUGUGUGAAGAGCCCUAUUGUUAUUUGCAAAAGAAUUUGGUACUUAGAUUGAUUUUUUUUUCUUUUUUCUUUUUUUUUUUUUUUAAGAAAUUGCUAAGUUAGAUUCCAAAUUUUUGUUUUUUUCAUUAGUAUUCAUUAUUCAGAAGAAAUAACAUCACUUAACAUUUUGAAUCCCUUUGAAA